AUGGUACAUGUACUUUUAAUGGCUCAGACCUUGGAACCCCCCGACUCUGAAAGCCGAAAUACCGUUUGUUCCUCACCUGGGCGAAAACCUGGAGGCAGAGAGCUUCCAGAAAACAGAAGAAUGAUUGCUUUGAACUUCUACAAAUUGCGAACAACCUGGCGGAUGCCGCUAGCCGCUCGCGGAACCUUGCAGACUGGAACCAUGUUGUCGGAAGAGGGUAUCUUAAAGAAAUCCGGUCUUCCUUUGGGGCUUGUCGUGGAGACUGAGAGGUUGUUCACAACCUCCUAUAUGGCUGGCUUUUUCUCCGUUACCACCGAUGUUCAGGAGGAAACCGGGAGAAACAUGUCCCGCCACGUUCCCCGGCUGGGACUAUUGCUGGAGUUGGUUAACCUCGAUGGAACAGGACAAUUCAGAAUGCCCGGGCAAUCAUCUUUGAUAGCAUGUCGUAAUCCUCAUGCCGCCAAAAAUAAUGUAGAAUUGAACAGGAGCAGAAAUAGAAGACGGAGAAGCAUUGCCCGAAACCUGGAAGUACGGUAUGCAAAAGGAGAUACAGGCAUGAAUAUGGAUCCCUUGCGGGGUGGGAAGAAGGCAGGACGCGCGGGACUCGCUCCCCGCGCCGGUCUUACUACGGGUACGGAGGGCUCGCUGGUGGACACCAACGGGCUCUCGGGUCUUGGCCAAAAUCUUACACACUAA